AUGAGUGAUGACCGAGUGUGCGGCUCUCACAAAGUGAAAGUCACCAUAUUGGCUUCUGAAUGGGGAUCAAGCAAAGGGGGGCUUUCUACCAUAAACAGAGAAUUAGCCAUUCAGUUAGCCAAAUGCCCUGAAGUGGAAAUCACUUUCUUUUUACCACAAUGCAGUCAAGAGGGCAAGAAGGUUGCCUUACAAAACAAUGUGAAGAUCGUGGAGGCAGCACCACUACCUGGCUUUGAACAACUGGAGUGGCUUAGCUUCCCUCCAGAUCAUCUGCAAAUUGAUAUUAUUGUGGGCCAUGGAGUUAAACUUGGUAAACAAGCACAAAUCAUAAAAAAAUCUAAAAAGUGCAAAUGGCUUCAAGUGGUGCACACAGACGCUGAAGAACUUGGGAUGUUUAAAAACUAUUCCAACCCAAUUUCAAAGGGCGAAGAAAAGCACAAGACUGAAGUAGAACUGUGUAAAAUGGCGGAUCAUGUUGUAGGAGUUGGACCCAAGUUGAGUGAGGCCUUCCGUUCAUAUCUACGUAGCUGUAGAAAAGAUGACACUGUUCUUGACUUCACUCCUGGAGUAUUUGAAGAGUUUGCAGCCUUGAAGCAGGUUCCCAGUGAACGCAAACAACGUAGUGUCUUAGUGUUUGGCUGGGGAGACGUAGAAGAUUUUGAAUUAAAAGGGUUUGACAUUGCAGGAAAAGCGAUUUCUGCAUUAGAAGAUACUCGUCUUGUGUUUGUUGGAGCCCCAGAUGGAAAACACGAAGAAAUAGCAAACCGGUUGACUGAAUGUGGUGUUCCUGAAAGGCGCUUGAGAGUAAGAGGAUUUGUUAAAGAGCGAGAGAGUUUGAAGGACUUGUUCCAAGAAGUGGAUCUUGUAAUCAUGCCUUCAAGAACAGAAGGCUUUGGAUUAACAGGACUUGAGGCCCUGUCAGCUGGUCUGCCUGUGCUUGUCAGUGGCAACUCUGGUUUUGGAGAAGUUUUGUGCAGUGUACCUUUUGGUUCAACAUAUGUUGUUAACUCAAAUGAACCUGCUGAUUGGACCUCAGCUAUUAAGAAAAUCUGGGCCAAGGACAGGAAAAGUCGACUGGAGGAAGCGAAAAUGUUGCGUGAUUCCUUCGACAAAAAGUACAACUGGGCAAAACAGAUUAAAGAUCUUACGGAGAAGAUGAUCAGUUGGGUUCACGGUAUGAAUGUCAAUUUGAUCAUGUAUAUUAUUUUAAUCAUGUAUUACUUUAUUAAUUUGCACAAUGUCAAGUAAUAAAUAUUAUUAUUAUUUAAAAAAUGAAUUGAAUUCUAUUAAAUUUAUUCUUAUUGUUAUCAUUUUAUUAUUUAUUUGUUUAUUUUUCUUUUUUUUCUGCAAAAAAAUAUUUUCCAUCAUACAUUUGAGAGCUUGGUUGAAAGUGGUUUUUUGGGUGACAGACAGCAAUCAGGAGUGGGCAGUGGUUUUACCCAACAAAUUGUCUCUAUAAGGGUUAGACACCUAGUAAUACUAAAUAUUAUGGUAGACCCAUGGCAGUGUCAUGGCAUGAUUGUUAAGAGGUAAAAGCCUUAAUUCCAGUUGCCAUUUGCAGGGUUGUCAAUUGAACGCAUAACCCGUAACACCUGGAAAAGGUCUUGAAAAAUAGAAAAAAAGUCUCUGGAAAAAUAGUAAAAACUCUGGACCUUUUUCUCAUAGCUAUACAACAAUUGCUUAAUAAGUGAUUUUUUCCCUGUGGUCAAUUUCCAUUCAAUCUCCCCUGUACUGAAGACAUUUAAUCACAGAAUGUCCACAUUGCACCUUGUUUACCAUAUGUUUUCAGUGCAUCAUGAAAAAAGCUUGGAUCCGGUGUUUUUCAAGGUCUUUAAGUGAUCACCUAUUAAUUUUGUUCACCUUGAAAUUAUCUGGAAAAGUAAAGUAUUGUUUUGGAAUAAGUCUGCACAAACCCUGUUGUUAAAAAGCUUGUAGAAUUUGGCAACGGUUAAUUACUUAUAGCAACCAUAAAAAGUGUAAAUUUUGAUUAAUGAAUUUUUGUCAUUCUGCCUUAUAGAUCCUGAAUCAACUCACUCUGCUUGCACUAAUGAGGGAUUAAAUUAUCCCCAUUUAUGUCAUCUUCUAAUCAUCUUGGGUUCAAAGGCACUCAGGGCAACCUUUGACAAAAUAAUUCCA